GCGAUCAUGAAUCUGUACGCAUUCAUAAUACUCUCCGUCUUAAGCCUCGGAUUUUGCGAAGAAUGCCGCUUAAAUUCCCGAACACCAGAAAUGGAAACUGAAAGGAAAUUGAAGGAAAAGCUCACUAAGUGCUACUCCGAAAUUUUGAAACCCCCGAUCAACAAGGACUCAAACAGCGUAGUUGUGAAAAUAGCCUAUUUACUCCAAUCCUUCAAUUUCGAUUCUGAAGAAGAAAUACUGACUUUAUACAGCUGGAACUAUUUCGACUGGCAAGACGAUAGAUUAACGUGGAAGCCUGAGGAUUACAAGGAUAUAAAGUGGAUUCAAGUUUCAAGUUUUGACAUUUGGAGUCCGGGACUGAAGCUGAUCAAUACGGCAGACGCCGAUGAUUUUGACUUCUUCUACACAAAAUGCAGGGUGAACAGCACAGGAUACAUCAGGUGCGUUAUCCGAACAGAACACAAAGUCUUCUGCGCUUCUGAUUUAACCAAUUGGCCCUAUGACACAAAGAGUUGCACGCUGCAGUUUGACCAGUGGAGACCUCAGGAAACUAAAGUGUUAUUCAGUUUAAGCCAUAUCAAUUUUGUGAUGGAGGCGUAUCAAAAUGCUGGAUGGAUGAUCGCUCGCGACAAAGUCUUCAAGAAUUUGAACACAGGAAUACAGUCUGCCGUUAAGUUCCAUUUUGUAAGACUCGCAGAAGGCUUAGAAGCUAUUAUAGUGGUUCCAGCUUUUGUGCUAAGCGUGUUAACUGUGACAGGUCUCCUGUUGGACUAUAGAGGCAUGAACCGAUUAGGGAUUUUAUGUAUGACUAUAAUCAGCCAUUUCCUUUUCUCUAACGUAAUAGCCGACAACGUCCCUAAACAUAGCGCUAAUACUCCUGUCAUAUUAUCGUUCAUAAGCUGUUCUACUAUUAUAACUGUCAUUUGUUUUGUAUUAUCAUUUUGCUUUAAAUAUCUAGGAAAGAAGAAAACUCAACCACCCACGUGGAUAAUUUCUUGUAAUGACUUUGUAUUAGAUGGUUAUGGCAAUUAUGGAGUAUUAACAAAAUGGGAAGUGACUGAACAAUAUCCGGAAAUGAAACAGAAUGUAGAGUGGGUUCACUUUAUUAGUAUUUCUAAUAGUGUCUGUAUAUUUGUAGUGGUAAUUACUUACAUUUACUUGCUGUCAGAGUAUAUCCCAAAAAAGCCAGUUUUCUCAUUCGUUUUUGAUAUAGCUUAAGCAAUAACUUCGAUGUUUAGUAAAUCUAUGUCACUAACAAUAAAUAACGUAGGUAUCUGAACGAAAUUCCAUACUGGUAGGUAAUUGAUAU